GGUGUUUCCACCUACAGCCCUUCCGAUCACUCAUACUUAAUAUUUGCACGGUAAUUUACACCAUCAAAUUGGCGCUGACCGUGGGACCUAUUACAAGAAGAAAAGCGUUCCAAAAUUUUGGACAAUUCAUGUCCAUGUUUCAACAACCGGGAGGGUUUUUCCCCUUCAUCCCCGGAUUGUACCCCCAAUCUAUCCCCCAAAAUACUCCAUUCCCAAGCGUAACCGGACUUCCGUCAUCAUUCCCACAAACUAGCAUCAUCCGGCCGGUCAUUCCAGCGAAUCUGGUCGGAGAAAUGGAUAAGGUUGGACCAUCCCGAUCUAGAAGGAGCCGGUCCCAAAGAUCACACACCCAUAUAACGCCAGAGGGGAAUGUGCGUUCAGUCGACAACAAAGACGAGGACUGGGACCUCCCCCAGGCACAAAAGAAGCUGAAGGGUAAGGCAAUCCAACCUGAAGGAUCCAGGAGAUCAGCAUUCCAGAGGCUGGGACAUGACGGCAGGAACCAGAACCGGCCGGCCAAAGAGCGACUAGGAGUGGAGACUACCCCGGUGAGUGCCUUUGACCGACUGGGGAGAGGGGUCGGGCGACCUGGUCGGACCAGGCGAACGGAACCACCCCCUCGCGAUGAACCCCAGAACAGCCGGGCGCCCCUGGAAGAGGAGGAAGCGGAAAGCCAUCCAAGGCACACGGUCCGCACCCACGUUGAACAACCUAGGGACCGUGUAGGCCGGGUAGAAGCACGUUUGGAAAAGUUACAGCGACGGGUAGACCGGGACGAGAAGAAGAAGGUCUUGCUGAAUGAAUCUUCAUUCACUGACCGGGUACAAGAAACCCCGUUCCCAAAAAAGGCAAAGCUAGAAGUCCCAAAAUUCACCGGCAAGGAGGACCCGGAAAUACACGUUAAAACCCUCCACCAAAGUGGGAGAAUGAUGGGUCUUUCCGGGGACGAAAAGUGUUUGCUUUUCUUCCAAACCCUCCGCGGCCGAGGAGCCGAGUGGUUUCACAACCUCCCGGCCGGUGAAAUUGAUUCUUUUGAUGAGCUGGCCGAGGUGUUCCAAGAAAAGUUCAAAAAAAAUUGUACCAAGAGGAAAAAAUUUACCUACUUGAGUACGGACGGGCAGAGGGAACAUGAGGAUCUGACCAAGUUCCUCACCCGGUGGAAUGAUGAAGUUGACAAGGUGGAGGAGAUGGACGACAAAACCGCAAUGUCCCUCCUGGUCUCCGGGCUUCGUUCCGGAGAAUUGUACAAGGAAUUCUGCCGGAGACCUCCCCAGUCUUACCAAGAGGCCUACAACACGGCCUGGGAUUACGCAGAUGCUAAGGCUCAGGUUUCCUCCAAACGGGAAGCCGAGCAGGGCCACUCCAAAGGGAGGAUUUCCUUGAAAAAGGAAAUCGAACUGCAUGGCAGGGUAAAAGCGGAAGUCAUGGAGGUAAAACCGGUCAAGAUGGAGAAAAAGGCAACUAGGGAGAAGCAGUGGACCGAGAAGUAUUGCUCUUUCCACAAGACAGACUCCCAUAACACUGCUGAGUGCAAUAGUGUUAAGGGAGUGAUAAAGCAAAUGAUCGAGGCCGGGGAACUCGACCAAUAGUACUUAGCCCAGGCAAAACAGAAGAAGAACCAAUGGAUCCGUCUUGAGGGGCCACCGGCUGACCAGAAUAAAAAGAAGAAAGCAUCCGGUAAGGAGCACUUACAGGUGAUUUAUGGAGGACCAGAAGGAGGAGAUUCUGCUUCUCAAUGAAAGAAGUGGGGACGU